UGAAGCAAAAAAGCCUGUUGCUUUCUGAACAGUCGUAAGCGGGGUUUAGUACUGCGGACUGACCACAGGGGUUCAGACACCUACCACAGAUAUUAAGAAAGCCAUGGUCAUCACUUCCCAUUUAUUCUUCAUGGUAAUGUGCAGUGUGUUGUGCUGCAGGACCAGCAUAGCCAUACCAGCCAUCACUACUUACUCUGCUAUCAGUAGGUCAGGUGGUCUGAACGGAGGUGGUGAGGACACAUGGCCGAAUGAAUCCACACAGGAUUUGGAAAUGUAUAAACUUCUAUAUGAAAUGGCAAAUUCAGUGGAAAGACCACCAAGACAUGCUGAUGGACUUUUCACAAGUGGAUAUAGUAAACUACUAGGACAACUUUCAGCCAAAGAAUACCUUGAAUCCUUACUUGCAAAGCGUGUCAGUGAUGAGCUGAGUGCAGACGAGGUCCGGCUGAAGCGCCACUCUGAUGCAGUUUUCACAGAUAAUUACAGUCGAUACCGCAAGCAGAUGGCAGCCAAGAAAUACCUGAACUCAGUAUUAGCAGGAAAAAGGAGUCCAGAAGAUGCAUUAACCCUGCCUAACCAGUCUAAAAGCACCGAUUCCUCCUUACCACAGAGCUAUGAGGACACCGUCGACCAGCUUCUCCAACAGCUCCCACUAAGCCUCUAGUGGACAGUCAUGAUGACAGUGACACCAAUUCCAGCUUUCCAGAACUUCUCUCUUAUAACUAAGCCUAUUUAUUAUUUAUUUAUUUAUAUAGAUAUUUAUUUUAUUUAAUGUGACACACUAAAUGAACUCUAUUAAAUCUAGACCAAAUACUGUUAAACCUGUAAAACAGUAAUUACUCAAAUAAAAAAUAAA